GAUCCCAAAGCCCUCAGAGUCACAUCCAGAUGGAGCUAGAUGAGAGGACACAAGGCAGGCUGAACUUGGGGGGACAAAUUUGGCUGUUGAGAUGGCCUCACUGACAGAGCUUUCCUUACCAUCGGUCAGCAACCUGGCCAGCCUGGGGCUGGGACCCCUGCAGGACACACAGCCCAGGAGCCACAAGUGGUGGCAGAUAGAUGAGGCUCCAGAGGUGGAGCUCCCAGGGGCCAGUCACUGGCCCUACCAGGUGAAACAGGAACACCGGGACGCAGGACCCUGGCCUGAGCAAGUGGAGGGGGAGAGAGGGGCGGAGGCGGAUGACCCCUGCUGGGACCUGGAUUUCUUCCUCACCAACUUCCCUGGGCCAGGACCAGGACCAGGACCAGGACCAGGACCAGGACCAGCGCCAGGGCCAGCAUCAGGGCCAGGAACUGAGCUCUGCCUAGGUCAUUCCUGUAGCCUGUUCCCCGAGGGCCCUGGAUUUGUUGCCGAGCUCCAGGAUCCUAAAGAGCAGCCCAGCUGGGGCUGCUCAGCACCUCGGCCCCUGGCCCCCGAGGCAGCGCCCUUUGGAACGAACCCCUUACUUCCAGGCCCCAGCCCUAGUCUCAAAGCCCAGGCAGGGCUGCCCCCAUUCCCUGCUGCCUGCCUUAGGGAAGGAGAGGGCAGCUUCCCUCAGCCUGGGGCUGGCUACCCGGGGCCUCCAGUGAUGGCCCCCUAUGGUUUGUUGGGGACAUACUCAGCUUUCUACCCAGCCCCUCACUACCAAGCCCGGUUCCAGCUGUAUCGGAGAGAGCCUGGGCCAAGCCCUAGCCCCGGGCCUGGGCCCUUGGCCUUCCUGGGUCCCCCAGCGCCCCCCGAGCCCGGGGAUGAGGCCUCUAGGCCCAAGCGGAGUCGCCGCCCUUGGGCCAAGAAGCGCCAGGCCGCCCACACCUGUGGACAUCCGGGCUGUGGAAAGACUUACACCAAGAGUUCCCACCUCAAGGCCCAUCUCAGAACCCACACAGGGGAGAAGCCCUACGCCUGCUCCUGGGAGGACUGCGGCUGGAAGUUUGCCCGCUCGGAUGAGCUGACCCGGCACUACCGGAAGCACACCGGACAGCGCCCUUUCCAAUGCCAGCUCUGUUCGCGCGCCUUCUCCCGCUCGGACCACCUCGCCUUGCACAUGAAGCGCCAUCUGUGAGACCUGAGCCGGCCUCCAACGAGGGGACAGAGCCCAGGCAGAGCCAGGAACACGCCACAGGGGAGGGGCCACAGGCAGAGGCUUUGGGCAGAGCCUGCCGCCAGGCGUGGAAGGAGGCAGAGACACGGAGGGUCGCAGACAGGAGGAUGCUCUCCCUGGCCCCCAGGAGGAGAAGCACGACGACUCCAUCACCGCCAUGUCCUGCCAGGGGCCACGAGCUCCGGCCGGCAGACCCGUGGGGAGCGUUGUCCCUGGGACUUCUGCCCUCCCCCUGCCCUUUAGACCCCGUUGUGACUCAGCAUGAGGGACCCUUCUGUUCACAGGCUUCCCACCAACCGUCCUGCUGCCCUCCUCACGAUCACCAGGCCGUGUCUGUGAAUGGUUAAUGCUCCCGGCCCAUCCUCCCCCGGCCCAGUCCGCUCCUUCUCCCCAGCCCAGGCCCAUGGGAUGGACAGUCGUGGGGGGCCCCCAGCCUGCUUUGUAAAGCUGCCUCUUCUCCCUGUUGCUCUUGGAUAAAGUUUGUGAUUCUGA